AUGAUACCUCUAAACAAAUCUGAUUGGUCAGUUUGUGAGUACGAGGACGCAACGCCGAUAAAACUGUUUACCUUACAAACCAUGAACUGUUACGUCAAUCCAGUAGUGUCCAUCAUUGGUUUCAUCGCCAACAUGAUGAGCAUUGAGAUCCUUCGACGCAGUGGACUCAGCAAACCUUCCAACAUUCUUCUCCUGGGCCUCGUCGUCUCAGACAGCAUGUCCCAGAUGACGACCUUGAACUUCGCCAUCAUCUUGGAAGCGUUUGGUCCGGACAUGGAGUACCCGGAGCUGUGUGGAUGGCAGUACGAGGAAGGUUUAAAUUACUUUCUUCUGGUGUGCAACAUAAUAUUUAAAUUUCUCGGGUUCUGGGGUCAAUACGUCAACACUGCAGUGCCAGUUAUAAUUGUCGUAGAGAGAUUUUUUGCUGUUUUCAAACCCUUGACAUUUAAAGCUAUUGUUACCAAGAAAACCAUGACUACUUGCGUCGUGUGCGCUUUUCUGUUUUGGUUGCCAUGGGCCCUGUUUUAUAUUUCCAGCUAUCGCAUGCACAUAUUCCUGUCCAAGGUCAUGGUCUUAAGCGUUGAUUCUAUGGACAUUAAUCACGCCACUUUGUUAAACCUCUUUUACUUUUACAUCAGUGACAUCUUGUCAUCCUGGUUCCCCAUGACAUUUGUUUUAAUAGGCUGCAUUCUGACUUGGAUCAAAGUCAAGAUGACCUUUAGGCAACGUAAGAAGUUGACGUCUGCUAAUCAACGAGUGCAGUGGUCGAACAAGACGACCAGAACCCUGUUGACCACAUGCGCCAUUUUUACAGCAACAAGGAUUAUCUCCUCUUUAAUGAACUAUUUAAUUCGAGAAGGUGGAGUUCUGAUUACAUACAUCAAGAUCGAAUUCAUUAAUUUUGUUUUUCUAAUGAAUUCAUCCAGUAAUUUCUUUGUGUACGUUUUCUCAAACAAAAAGUUGUUGACCAUAUUUAGACAGAUCAUACGAUUGGACAAGUAA